ACGUCGCCGUCAGCCGCGCAGCACAGCAGAGGCAGAGGCAGAGCAGCAGCAGCGAUACAGACCGAAAAUAAAAGCGUUGAGCUCUCUCCUCCAGUGCAGCAGCAGCAGCACACCCAGUCAGACGAACUUCCCCCAGAUUUAGUCUCCAGUUCGAACUACACUCGAAUCUCAAACAUGACCACCUACUUCAACUACCCCAGCAAGGAGCUGCAGGAUGAGCUGAGGGGCAUUGCCCAGGCCAUCGUCGCACCCGGCAAGGGUAUUCUGGCCGCCGACGAGUCCGUCUCGACCAUGGGCAAGCGUCUGCAGGACAUUGGCGUGGAGAACAGCGACGAGAACCGUCGUGCCUACCGUCAGCUGCUGUUCAGCACCGACCCCAAGCUGGCUGAGAACAUCUCCGGCGUGAUCCUGUUCCACGAGACCCUCUACCAGAAGGCCGAUGACGGCACUCCCUUCGUUGAUAUCCUCAAGAAGAAGGGCAUCAUUCCCGGAAUCAAGGUCGACAAGGGUGUCGUCCCACUGUUCGGCUCCGAGGAUGAGGUCACCACCCAGGGCCUCGACGAUCUGGCCGCUCGCUGCGCCCAGUACAAGAAGGACGGCUGCGACUUCGCCAAGUGGCGUUGCGUGCUGAAGAUCGGCAAGAACACCCCAUCCUACCAGUCCAUCCUGGAGAACGCCAACGUGCUGGCCCGCUACGCUUCCAUCUGCCAGUCGCAGCGCAUCGUGCCCAUUGUGGAGCCCGAGGUUCUGCCCGAUGGCGAUCACGAUCUGGACCGUGCCCAGAAGGUCACCGAGACCGUCCUGGCCGCCGUCUACAAGGCUCUGAGCGACCACCACGUCUACCUGGAGGGUACUCUGCUGAAGCCCAACAUGGUCACCGCUGGCCAGUCCGCCAAGAAGAACACCCCCCAGGAGAUCGGCCUGGCCACCGUCUUGGCUCUGCGCCGCACUGUCCCCGCCGCCGUCACCGGUGUCACCUUCCUGUCGGGAGGCCAGUCUGAGGAGGAGGCCACCGUCAACCUGAGCGCCAUCAACAAUGUUCCUCUGGGCCGCCCAUGGGCCCUGACCUUCUCGUACGGUCGUGCCCUGCAGGCCUCCGUGCUGAAGGCCUGGGGAGGCAAGAAGGAGAACAUUGCCGCCGGUCAGAACGAGCUGCUGAAGCGCGCCAGGGCUAACGGCGAAGCCUCCGUCGGCAAGUACGUGGCCGGCACCGCUGGCAGCGGCUCUGGCUCUCUGUUCGUGGCCAACCACGCCUACUAAGGAGCUGCGGCAAAUCGCCCACCAACACACACAUAUAUUUAUACAUAUAUCUAUCUAUAAAGCAGAUUGCUUGAAAUGUUUGAUUUUUGGCAGAUUUGUUUCUUUCUAUUUAACUUAGUUUCGAGAGCUAAGCAGCAAGCAUAUAAAAACCCAAAAAAAAUACAAAAAACGAAAGAUUACAACACAAUAAUGUUAUAAUGUUAUCAUAUAUUUGAGAAUUGAAUACAUAAACAGCCCCCAACAGAUAUAAUUAAACAAACAAAAAAGUGAAUACAUAUAUUAAAGAGAAUAAUGUUGAUUGAGACGCAAACUCAUCUUUAGUUGUAAGCACACAAGAAACACAAUUGUUGAAGUUAUGCAAUUUCUAUAUCUAUCACUAUGAUUACUAUGAGUAAGAUUUCAAUGUGGAAGUGCAUAGGUCGUAAAUCGUUUGAAGCAUACUAAAAAAAAAAACAAAAUAAAACCUCCUCUAAGAACAUCUCCAGCACAAUCAACAUCCAAGAACCUGUUGGUCUCUGUUGUCGCGGAAGCAUUGAAAUCGCACAAAUGUUUUUAUUACUUUUUUAAACGUUUGUAUACAAAACUGUUAAAUGAAAAACGAACGUUUUAUUAUUAUUAUUAUUAUUACAAUUUAUAUUUAUGAUUAAAUAAGUAUAAGUGAAAAUACAACAAAUGACGCAAAUAAACAAACACAAUACAACAAAAAAAACCCAACAGCAACAAUCACAAGAACCACAACAACAUUCAUUCAGUGUGAACAAACAAAUUGCUGUUACCAAAAAAAAAAAA